ACUAAAAAAAUACCGUACAAAACAUUUUAAGAAAAAUUCCGUCGCUUUUUAUUUGCUGUUGCUGUUAAAAAAAACUCAAUUAUACUUGCUAAACUAACGGUUAAUCGGUUUCUACGAAGGGCUUUCCGCGUAAUUAGAGAGUGCGCGCAGAACGCGUGGCGAAAACGGAUUGGAAAACAGUUUUUCAUACGCAGCAAACGGGCAAUGAGCGCGCGUGUGUGUGUGUGCCACAGAAAGUUGCAAGCUAAAUAGGCGCACGGUUGUUAAAUAUUCCCCGUGUGUGCUCUCUCGCAUUUAUGCAAUAACAAAAUCUGCAAAUUCCCCCCAUUAAGCGUAAAAAUGUGAAAAAAAAGGGGCAGAAAAAAAAACCAAUGGGAAUUUCUCAAUGUUGUGUCAAUACAGCGAGAGCGACGUACGAAAAGUCAAAAGCAAAGGAGAGGAGAAUGGAAUAACACAAAAAAAGAGCUGAGCCACAGCAAAGAAGCAAGAAGAAACGCGAAGCAGGGGCUAAAAGAAAAAUUGAAAUAAUAAAAAAAAAACCCGCACACGUGUGUGUGUGUGAGUGUGAGCGAGUGAGAUUCUGUGCGCGAGUGUGUGUGUUAAUGUGUGUGUGAGAGAGUGAAACGUAUAAAUAAAAUUCAGCCAAAUGCAGAAGCCAACAACAAAAUGGAUAACAAAACUACACAGUUGGAUUUUAAAUUACUGGUGGAUCAAUCACUAAAUCUACUGGACAGCCUCAACACAGCAUUGCGGUGCGAUGCUAUUCAAUUCUUGCUGCAGACGCUUAAGUGCAAGUACCCGGAGGCCUGCGACCAAGUCGUCAGGAAUCUGUUCAGUCACGUAGCUGUAGCCAACGACAAUGGAGGGGCUGGAGGAGUCGGAGGAAGGGCGCAGCAGCAGGAGCUAGCGAGGACGAAGCAGCUCCAGCUGCUGCUGACCGCCAAGAAGGAGAAGAAGGAGCCUGGAACCGGCUGCGAGGCGGAGAUCAAGCGCGAGAACGACGAGGAGGAGUCGGGAUCGACGGAUCUGAACCAGAACUUCGAGAAGAUCCUCUGCAAAGAGGAGUUCCUGUGCCUCGAGGAGGAUGAGGAGGACUUUCUCGACGAUGCGGACACGCAGAACUCGUCUUCCCUGCAGUUCCAUGCCGGCAACAAUGUGGACGCCCUGGCCAUGGGCCCCGGCGAUCCACUGGACCUGAUCCAGACCGGCGUUUCGCUGCUGGUCAAGCGGAAAUAUGCGGCCACCUUCGAGGACGAGGAGCAGCUGGGCGAGGACGAGGAGGCCAAUAGCAACAGCAGCGAUGGGAAGCUGGUCAAGCGGAAGCGCACCAACAACAUGCACCUGACCGUGACGAGUGUGCGGCGGAAAGAGGAGCACAGCCGGCUGGGCGAGGGCUAUGUCUUCCACGAGGACAGCCAGUACACGAUGCGGUAUCACCACAGCACCGGUGAGUUCAGCGAGCGGGCCUUCAAGGCCCAGUUCCGGGCUCUGCUCCGGAUGGCGCUCAGCCAGCACCACAAGCCCUUCCUCCGGCAGUUCUACGAGAACUUCGUUGUGAACGGACGCCUGCUGGGCACCACGCCCUCGGCGCGUGUUCUGAAGGAGAUUCGUGAGCAGCGGCUGGAGGAGUGGCGACGUCAUCGGGAACGACGCCAGCUGGUUAUCCUGAUGAAGCAGAGCGAGCUGCAGCAAGAGGAGGAGAUUCAGCAGCAGCAGCAGCAGCAAGAGGAGAAUCAGGAGGAGAUCCAGCGGGAGCAGCAGCAGCGCCUGGAGGAGAUUCAACUGCAGGAGCAGCAGCAGCAACACAUGGAGGAGAUUCAGCGGCAGCAGCAACUGCCGGCCAUCUCGUUUGGUGACUCCGAACUGGAGUCGGAAACGGAAUCGCAGCUGUCGUCGGCUGCCCAAGAGAUUAUGAAGUUCGAGGAGUUCAUUGACGAGGGUGUAGGCGCUGGUCGUCUGAUCGAUGGUCUGGAGAUGGAGCCCGAGAUCGAUGACAUGCUAGCUGGCGCCGGCAGUGCCUUGGGCAGUGUGAACAGCGCCAGCGGACACAGUAGCAACAGCAGCAGCAGCGGGAGUGGGAGCGGCGGUAAUGGGAAUGGCAUCAGCGGGGUGAUCCUGGAGAACAAUAGUCAUCAUUCGCAUCACCUAAGUAGCAGCAGCAGCGCAAAUCUUGUGAUCAACGGCCUUACGUCAAGCAAUAGCAUCAGCAACAAUAAUAAUAAUAACAACAACAACAAUGUCAGUCUACACCGCCCGCAACUGACGCCGCAGGCUCCCAUGCCCAUGUCCAUGCCCAUGGAGAGCAGGGAUCUUAAAGCCGGGCAGGCGGGUCAUGGCAAUGCCAAUGUCAUCUUGCCGGGCGGCAGUUCUGGCCUCGCCAACCAGAUUCAGCUGCAUCAGCAGCAAAAGCACUUCAACUCAAGCAAUAAUCCGCUGUCGAUGAUGGGAGGCAUGAUGCAGCAGCAGCAACAACAGCAGCAGCAGCAUGUGGGCAUGCCGCACCAGCAGCGUCAGAUGAUGAUGAUGCCGGAGGAUUUCCCACAACACGGAGCCUCGAUGAUGGCCAGUCGACAAAUGCCGGCGCUGGCUGCCUUGUCGAAUCUCGGCGAUCCUCCUGCUGGGCAGCUUAACUCCUCCCUGGAACUGGACGACAAUGAUCUGUCGCCGGAUGAGGAUGACGACGACUUGGACCACGACAUGGACGAAAUGGACGCGGCCAAGCAGCAGCUAAUCGAUGGCGGCAGUAGUAGCAGCACCUCGCUGCAGGCGCCGCCAUCGCAACAUGGCAGCGGAAGUGGAGGCAGUGGAGGGCAGACGCCCGGCAGCAAAAAGGACAAGCCCAGCUACAACUGUCUGCUCUGCCCCAAGUCGUAUCGCAAGCGCAAAUCCCUGCUGGACCACUACAAGAUGCAUCCGGGCUACUGCCACGACUGUGGUCAGCGCAACGGGAACACGCUGGAGGAAAUCAUCCAUCACAACCGGACCAUGCAUGUGAAGGAGUUCCCAUUCGUGUGCGAGACGUGCGGGGAGUCGUACUCACGCAAGCAGCAGUUCCAUGCCCACGUGGAGUCGCACAACAAGAAGGAAAUCAAAACCUUUCCCUGCGGCGAGUGCGGCCAGAAGUUUCCGCAGAAGAAACUGCAGCAACACUUCGAGGAGACGGGCCACAAGGCCGACGGGGCCAUCUGCGAGGUGUGCGGCGAGGAGUUUCAGUCGAAGAACGCCCUCUACCAGCACAUCAUACGCGUGCACAAGCGCGACAACUUUUUCGAGUGCCACAUUUGCCAUAACCGCUUCACGCUGAAAGCCAACCUGGAGCGGCACGUGCAGCUGCACACCGAGAUCAAGCGGCCCUACGUGUGCGAUCUGUGCGGCUCGUCCUACUUCACAUAUCCCGCGCUCAAGGAGCACUACAGCAACGCCCACGUGGACGUGUCCGAGUGCAAGUGCACGCUGUGCGGCAAGCGCUUCGGAUCGGCCAAGUCGCUGCAGCGGCACCUGCCGUCGCACUCGGAGGAGAGGCCGCACUGCUGCAAUUAUUGCGAUCAGACCUUCAAGUGGAAAACGCACCUGGUGCGUCACAAGCAGACCAUGCACGGCAACGAGCCGCCGCCUCCUAAGAAGGGAAAGCAGCGCUUUCCCAAAGCGAACGAAGAAGCAGAAAUGGCUAGCUUACCGGAUAUGCCUGGUCCACCGCCAGUCAAGGCCAGUAAAAAGGCAGUGACCAGCAAGGCGAAAGCUCAGGCAGCAGCCGCCGCGGCCGCAGCAGCAGCAGCAUCCUCCCAGCAACAGCAGCAGAAGGGCUCUGCAGCCACCCCGACGCCUCCGCCGCCGGUCUCCACCACGCCGGGUUGCCUGCAGCAGGAUCAAUUCAAUGCGGCCAUGGUCAGCAGCAACAGUUCGCAAUCAUCCACGGCCUCCACGUCGCAGCACUCGGUGUCGACGAGUGAAUCUCAGCAGAAUUCCAUGUACAAUCAGAGCUUUAAUGCGGAGAAACAGCAGCCAGGACCGCAGCAGCAGCAGCCACAGAAUGCCUUGCAUCAGCAGCAUCCAACACCGCCGCCAGCACCACAACAACAGCAGCAACAGCCGCCGCCGCCGCCUCAGUCCCGAGUUGCACCCGGAGAUUUGCAUUUGCAGCGUAUGAAUAGCUUUGGGCAGGAUGGACAAUUUCAUUUUGAGUCCAAUCCGGCAGCUGGCGCCUAUCAGCAGCAUCAACUGAUUAGCCAGUAUCAGCAACAACAGCAGCAGCAACAACAGCAACAGCCCCAGCAGCAGCAGCAACAACAUCAUCUGGCCCAACAGCAGCAGCAUAUGAGGAGUCACACGCCCCAGAGUCCACAUCCUCCGCACACCCCGCAACUGCAACAGCAGCAGCCGCAGCAGCACUUCAGCUCCCCGCACCACAUGCCGCCGAUGCACCAUCAGCACCAGUUGAUGAUGCAGCAGCAACAUCGCCACAACCAGCGCUCGCCGCUCCACCAUCAUCCUGCAGCCCAGCAAUUGCAACAGCAGCACCAGCAACCAUCGCAUUCCCCACAGCAUGCGAGACUGCAGUCGCCACAACCUGCUUCAGUACAACAACAACAACAGCAGCAGCAGCAGCAGCAGCAACAACAAUUCUUGCAGCAACAGGCCACCGAUUCCUGGGGCAACAUGAACUUUGGCAAUCCUCCCAGCAACCAGCAGGUUGAGCUCAAAGAUAACAAAUUCUAUAUUGUGGAAUCGACCGAGUUCCUAGGGCUUCCAAUGAAUGUGCCGCCUUCACCACAACAACAGCAGCAGCAACAAGCAGUCAGCAAGCCCCAGCAGCAGCAGCAACAACACCCACAACCGCAGCAACCGGAUCCAACCCUUGCUGGUGAUCUGAUGGGCUUUCAGCACAUGUGGCCGGCGCCCGCGUUCCCCCAAUCUACACAGCAGCAACCACAACAGCAGCAACAGGCGGCGCAGCAGCAACAGCAGCAGCAACAGGCCCAAGGACAGGCGAAUUCAAGUGAUCCACACAACUACAACAAUAUCGGCAGCAUACUCACGAAUCUCAUUGACACAAAUCCCGCGCCAAUGGAGUACAAUUUCGACCUGAUGCAGCAGCAACAAACGCCAUCAUCCCAGCAACAGCAACAACAGGCGGCGCAGCAGCAACAUCACGGUGCCGGAGGCUAUGCGAGCGCUUUGAUGCGCAGCGGAGGCGGCGUUUACGGAGGAGCCUACGAGCAGCACUUGAGCGAGCAACUGGUCAGCGAGCAGCAGAAGCAGAACAGCUUUCAGCCCUACCACCCACAUCCGCAUGGCCUGCAGGCGCAGCAGCAGCAGCCAUUGCAUCCGCAUCUGUUGCCCCCCCCAGCGCCGCACAGCAAUGUCUAUGACCGCACGGGAGUUGGAGUCGGCGUGGGCGUUGGUGUGGGCGUAGGCGUGGGCUAUCCCAUGCUGGGAGACGAUACGAAGGGCGUGCUGCCGCCCAUGAUGGGUGGGAUGAUGCAGCAAAUGCCGCCGCAUGGCCAGCAACCGGAUCUAAUCUACUACCCAGUGAAGAACGAUUGACAGUCGAAGCACCAUCAGCAGCAACAGCAAGCUCAGCAGCCGAAUCACCAUCACCACCAUCGCUGGUGGACAGAGCCAGCCAAGAGAGGCGAUGUUUUUCAUUGAAGAAACAGAAAGAAAACAGGAAAAGGAAUACGGAACAAGUUCGCUUAGAUUGUAAGUCUAGGGGGGAGGGUGGAUGUGUGGACAGCGGGGAGUUGUAGAUAGGGCAAUCCACAUAUUUUUUUUGAAAUUAAGAGCAAUAACAUAAAGAUUAGAGCGGAAAGAGCUCAGAAUUUCUAAUCCGACCGGCGCUAUGAUACGUGUAUAAAAAGUAAUCAUUUACAAAAUACAUCAAAUAAACAGAAGCAUGUAUACAUAAAUAAAUUCAGACAUAUACAUAGUAGCACCUAAGCAAAGCAAGAGCAAGAAUUAAAUUAAAACCUAUAAAUAAUAAAUAUAUAUAUAAAUUAUAUGAAACAUAUAUGUAUAUUAGUGUAAGCAACUACAAUAAUGGCAGACCACAAGCAACUUUCGAACAAAUUUUAUGCUUAUUUAACAUUUACCAUACGAGUUAUAAAUGCAACACUACACAAAUACGUGCGUUGAUGUAUAAUCAAAACAAUCCAACAUUAUAUUCAUACAAAUGAUAUCUAUGUAAACCCCGAGAGAAGUCGACGACGACGACCCCCAUAUUGUAGAUGAUUGAUUUGAGCUUGAGGUCGGGUCAUGCAUCACAAAACAAACGGAAACAAAAGUACACGACGCUUUGAGCCCGGGCCCAGCGCCACACAAAGUUGUAACCAUAUCAUGAGGCCUCUUCCCCGUAUAAUUAAUUGUAUUUUCGAUAGUGCUUGUUAUUUUCUAUUUAGUUAACGAAUUGAUUAUACUUAUAAAGCCUUUCUGCUGAUUACCGCCAGCCACACUUUUGUUAGAUUAGUGCCUAAGUCUAGUUGAUAUCCCAAUGUAUACCCCGACAUUUUGUGGCUUUUUACACCCAAACCUUGUAUAGCUACUCUAUAGCAUUUCCGAUUUUUUUGAAGCUCCCCCAUUCUACUUCCGAUUUAUAUAAUACUUUUUCGAUGAAUUUCCUUAAAUUCAAGACAGGCCCCCAAAAACAUUUAAGUUAAUCACAGCGUUGUUCUUGUUUUACACAUUAUUCAAAUUCAGCAACAUAAGAAUUUUAAAUUUAAGUGAAAGUUUAAAACGUUAAAUGUGUAAGCAUACUUUUAUGAACAAAACAAAAGCAACAAAAAAAAAUGAAACCAACAACAAACUUCACUAAAAUUAGGUUUGUAUUCUGGAUACAAAAAAAGAAGCAAAAUGGCAAUUAAAAAGAAAGAACACAAUAUAAAUAAAAUUUGUAUAUUUAAUAAAAAUAGCAAAAUAAAAAUAAA